AUGGAUGUUGAACUAUAUGUCUACGACCUGAGUCAAGGUCUUGCGAGGAUGAUGUCGCAAGGUCUUCUUGGUAUCCACAUAGAUGCUGUAUACCACACCUCGCUGGUCUUCGGAGGCGUCGAGUACUUCUAUGGUGCUGGCGUACAGACUUGCUACCCCGGCUCGACCCAUCAUGGACAACCUAUGGAGAAAAUCAAACUCGGCAAGACUGAGAUCCCCUUGGAUGAUAUCCUGGAAUAUCUCGACUCGUUGAAAGAGACAUAUACCGCAGAAUCCUACGACUUGUUCAAGCACAACUGUAACAACUUCUCUAACGACUUCUCCAUGUUCCUGGUUGGUAGAGGAAUUCCGGAUCACAUUACUGCUCUACCUGAGACAGUGCUCAACACUCCCUUCGGAUCAAUGAUGAAGCAGAGACUUGAUGCAGAGAUGAGACAUAUCACACAGGCUGCUGUACCUCCAGAGAAGAAUCCCAUGAUUCAACGCGAACGUNNAAAGAGCAGAGAGACGAAGCCAAUCGGGAGGCCAGAACGGUGCUUCUUCUUCUGCUGCUAUUCCUUCCUCUUCACAUACCGCGUUGCAGCAGAAUGGAUCAGAUCAAACUCCACCCAAAAGAAGCCUAAGAAGCUUGAAGUCCGUAGCGCUGGAAACGCCGAUCAAGCGAAUGGCCAUGCUCAAGACCAGACCCAGUCAUCUGAACCGCCAAAGAAGCAACCCAAGAAGCUUGAAGUCCGCGAUGGCGCUGCUGCGAAAGCAGAUGGCGUGCACGGCUCUGUCUACAACGUGACGCAGCUGUCUUCAGUUGACAACCUUCUUUCCGGCGCAAAGGACAAAUGUGCCGUCAUCUUCUUCACUUCGAGCACGUGCGGACCUUGCAAAAUGGCAUAUGCUCCAUACGACUCGCUGGCAGCUGAACACACCAAGGUUCCGUUUAUCAAAAUCGAUAUCAACGAAGCACACGCACUUGCGUCCAAGUAUCAGAUUCGUGCUACCCCGACCUUCAUGACCUUCCUUCAUGGCAAGAAGGACAACGAGUGGACUGGAGCAAAUCCUGCACAGCUAAAGGCGAAUGUUGAGUCUCUUCUUCAACAGGCUUUCCCUCCCCACCCUCACCUUCAGGUUCGCGUGCCUACUUUGCAGUUUGGAAGACUGAGCCCCAUCACAUACUCGAAAAUCCCACCUCUUGAUAAGGUGCUGGCCAAAAUGGGUGAUCAGUCGAAGGAUAAAGCUGUGGUUGCAAUGAAGCACUUCAUCUCUUCUCGCUCUUCUAACACAUCAGACCUUCCACCUUUGCCAGAUCUUCCUGCCUUCGCACGCUGGCUUCGUCAUUCGCCCAGUCAGCUAUCGUCAGAUGUGCUGUUCACAGCCUAUGAUGUACUGCGUUGUGCACUUGUCGACCAGCGAGUCAGUGGUUGGUUCGCCGAAGAGUCUGCUCCUGGAGACUCGGAGACCCUCACAUUCCUGAUCAACCACGUUCUGACGCUUGUGAACGACAAUGCUUGCCCUUACAACUUGAGACUCGUCACAAUCCAAUUGGCCUGCAAUCUGUUUACCUCGGAUCUUUUCAUCAAGUCGGCAUUCAGUGGCGAUCACAACAGCGGGCUUCCCUCGAUGCUCGUACAAGUAGCAACUACAAGCCUACUCGCCGAGCCCGACAAGCCGGCCGUUCGCGCCGCUGCUUCUUCGCUUGCUUUCAACAUUGCUGCAACCAUCUACCGCACCCGAAGAGAAGAGAAUCGUGAAGCCCUGCAAGAGUCUUCGCAAGUAGAGCUGGCUGCUAGCUUGCUGGAGAUGAUGACUACCGAGAUGGAGAGCAGGGAAGAGAAGAAGGAUGCGUCUGGUUCAGAUAUGCUUAAGACGGCAAUCUUCGCCUUUGCUUAUCUGAUCUACUGCGCUCCUCAGAAUGGCGAGCUGCAUGACCUCUGUAGCGCCUUGGAUGCAAAGACUUCCAUUUUGAAGUUGAAGGGAGUCAAGGACUUGGAGAAGGUUGCAAUCGAAGUUGGCGAACAGCUGCUAGGCAAGAACUGGUGA